AUGGCCACCCUUGCACAGAAAUAUAUACCGCUAGAGGUUAUCGGAAAAGGCUCUUUCGGCACCGUUCGAAAGGUUCGCCUGAAGGAGACCGGCGAGAUCUUGGUAAGGAAAGAGAUCGAGUACACCUCCAUGAGCACUCAAGAAAGAAACAAUAUCAUAUCAGAGCUACGCAUUCUUCGAGAGCUUAAUCACCCCAACGUUGUAAAGUACUAUCACCAUGACCAUUUGCCAGAAGAGAAAGUCAUUCACAUCUAUCAAGAGUACUGCGAUGGAGGUGACUUGAGCAAAGUGAUCUCCACGUUUAAAAAAAAUGGUGACACUGUUCCUGAGGGAUUCGUCUGGGAAGUCAUGACCCUGACUCUCCUAGCACUACAUAGGUGUCAUUAUGGUAUAGACGUGAAAAAGGUUGAUCUUUUCCGUGGCCUGGACCAGACCUCUGAACCGCAUGUGGAUUCUGAAACUGUCAUCAUUCAUCGUGAUAUAAAGCCCGACAACAUUCUCAUGCUUGAUUCUGGUAAAACCAUCAAGCUUGGCGACUUUGGCCUUGCAAAGAUGCUCACCUCCCAAAAUGAUUUCGCCAAAACCUACGUGGGCACGCCUUACUAUAUGUCACCAGAGGUCUUGAUGGACAAUCCAUACUCACCUGUCUGCGACAUCUGGUCACUAGGAUGUGUCCUAUACGAGCUUUGUAACUUGCAUCCUCCAUUUAGGGCUUCAACGCACUUGCAAUUGCAGGCAAAAAUAAAGAAAGGUGUCAUUCCAGAAUUGUCUCCUCUAUACUCCCAGCAGCUUCGCAAAAUCAUAAGUGAUUGUAUCACCGUCGACCCCGAAAUGCGUCCAACAUGCUACGACCUAUUGGAAACAUUGUCGGUGAAGAUGUUUCGCAAGGAGAUGGAACUCAAGACAGCUAGUGCCACCCUCAAUGAAUUCCAAAAACAGCUACUUAUUAAGCAUGAGGAGCUCAAAAAAACAGAAGCAUCUCUUAAAGACAUCGAGGAAAAAGUGAAUAAAGAUAAAGAAGAUCUCGAAGCGAAGUUCAGAAGUUUCGAAAGAUUAGCCCAAGUACGCAAGAAUGAGCUUCAGGACGACUAUUCAAUGUUGCAAAAGAAAUGUGACCUACAGAAAAGACAGUUUGAGGAGGAGCUCACGCUUGAAUUUGAAUCUCGCAAAAAAGCUAUGGAUUUGGAGGCAAAGGAGAUGAGACUCAAUUACCAGCGUGAGUUUAAACAUGUUGUGGAACACGAAGUACAGCAGAGACUUUCGGAGAUCUUACAACGCAGAAAAAGUCUGGACCCUGAACAACAAUUGACCAGAAAGAAGAGUGAUUCAUCAGCCUCAUCAUUUGAGCGGAAAGCUAAACCAAGGGGCCUCGUGAGCUUCUUGAAGAAUUCCCACAAGCAUCAAUACUACCAUGGUACGCCACCUCCAAGCUCUCCAAAGCGUUCACCAUUAAAAGCAAAGAACGUUGAAUGGGAUGCGGAGAUGCAUGCAAAGUUAUCUCCAGUCAGAGCCCAGCCAGCGCCUCUGAAUUAUAAAAAGCGUGUCACCGACGAGUUUGAACGGUUGACUCUACAAAAGCGGCAUGUUCCUGAGUUUGAGGAACAAUAUCUAAGGAAAAAUUACCGGCAUUAG